AGUUGAAGGAUACCUUUUCUAAUUUUCAUUAAAUUAUCUCCAUUUGAACUUUCGUGGUGCUAGAGCAUGUGAUUAUUCCAUUCUUAGCUAAUGGAGCCAUUUUUCUUCUCUUGUGCUCUUAUUAUGCUUUUCAUAACAAUGAACAUCUUCUUCACACUAACCUCAUCCACAAAUUCAACAACUGAUGAAGAUGCAUUGCUCAAUUUCAAAACCAGCAUCAAUUUAUCAAUCCCUAAUUCCAACCUCAUCACCAACUGGUCCACAAACACUCCCAUCUGCGACUGGGCCGGCGUCUCGUGCGGUGCCAGACACCACCGGGUGACGGCCCUCAAUCUCUCAGGCGUCGCGCUCUGGGGAAACCUCUCUCCUCAUCUCGGAAACCUAACGUUUCUUCAAUCCCUCGACAUUAGCUCCAACAAUUUCACGGGUGCCUUACCCUCCGAGCUCUCUAAACUGCGCCGUCUAAAGGAGAUGAACGUCGGAUUCAACAACCUCACCGGAGAAAUACCGUCGUGGCUCGGAGCCUUGUCUCAACUCCAACAUCUGCGCCUCAAUAACAACAAAUUCUCAGGGAGAAUCCCACUAAUUAUCUUCACCAACAUGUCGUUGCUGAUAGAAAUUGAUAUGAGCUUUAAUGAGCUAUCGGGCUCAUUACCGGAUGAUAUCUGCGGUGGUGGUACGACGGAGCUCCGGCGACUCGAUAUGUCGGAGAAUCGACUUAAUGGUGAAAUUCCGGCGAGAAUGUUCGAGUGCACGAAGCUGGAGAGGCUGAGCUUGUCGGUGAACGGAUUCAGUGGCAAGAUUCCAACUGGAAUUGGGAAUCUGACCAUGCUUAGGGAUCUGUCUAUCAACUCAAACUUUCUGGACGGAGAUCUUCCAUCCUCUAUUUUCAACAUUUCUUCUCUGGAAUACGUGAACCUCUUCAACAACAGUUUGUCUGGAAGUAUCCCACUUUUCUACAAUUCACCCAAUCUUGAAGAGUUGUAUCUUGACUCCAACAACCUCACAGGCAGCAUACCAGAGGAAAUUGGAUCUCUUACUUCAUUGAUGAUUCUAAAACUUUCCGACAACAACUUGACAGGUCCCAUACCCAAGCAAGUUGGCAACCUCACUUCGCUAAUAAAACUAGAAUUGGAUCGCAAUAAGUUUACAGGUGAGUUGCCGGAAGAGGUUGGUAAUCUAGCAGGCCUUGAGGUUUUUGAAGUGUCUUUCAAUGAUUUCUUAUCCGGUUCCAUCCCUCCUUCCCUUUUCAACAUCUCAUCUCUGCAGUUCUUAGCUCUUCGACAGAAUCUAUUUUCCGGCACUCUUCCUCCAACCAUGGGGAGCUCGCUUCUCAAUCUCCGAGAGCUUUAUUUAUAUUUGAACAGACUCACCGGCGAAAUUCCAACCUCUAUCAACAAUGCUUCUAAGCUUACUAUGUUGGAAUUGAAUAGAAACUCGUUCACCGGCCCCAUCCCCGACUUUGGUAAUCUAAGACAGCUGCGAGCGCUUCGACUCUGGGAAAAUAAUUUGACAGGAGCUGAAUCUCCUAAUCAGGAGCUCACAUUUCUCUCUUCUUUAACUAACUGCCGAGAUUUGAAGGUCUUAGAGAUACAUGACAAUCCACAUAUGAACGGAAUCCUCCCAGCUUCCAUUGGGAAUCUAUCUACUUCUCUUGUCACGUUUAUAGCAUCUAACUGCAGCAUUAGGGGUCCCAUUCCUUCUGAAAUUGGAAACUUGAACGGUUUGCAAACUUUAGAUUUAUCUGAGAAUCAAUUCACAGGAUUCAUCCCGGAAACAAUGGGAAAAUUGAAGCAAGUCGUCGUGUUAUAUCUCUAUUCUAACCAGUUGCAAGGAUAUAUCCCUCGUGAUCUUUGCAAUAUCAGUAAUUUGGGGUAUUUGUAUUUGAGUAGUAACAUGCUUACUGGUCCAAUACCUGAAUGUUUGGGGGAAAUUAAAUCGCUAAGAAAGGUCUCAUUGUCCUCAAACAAGCUCAAUUCUUCACUUCCUUCCAACUUGUUCAAUCUCAAGGACCUCAUAAACCUAUACUUGGAUUCAAACUAUUUGAGUGGUCAGAUUCCAGACCAGAUCAAAAAUUUGAAUGCUAUCAGCGAGAUGGACUUGUCGCAUAACAAUUUUUCAGGGCGUAUUCCGAGCACAAUCAGCGGCUGCGAAUCGCUUGAAUACUUGUAUUUAUCACAUAAUAUGCUUGAUGGAACCAUCCCUCAAUCAAUGGGGCAGCUCAAAGGCUUGAUCGAAUUGGAUCUGUCCAACAAUCAUCUUUCUGGUUCGAUACCUGAGUCGUUGACAGGUCUCAAGCUCCAAGCUUUUAAUGUGUCAUACAACAGAUUGGAAGGGGAGAUUCUGGAUAAGGGUUGUUUUAAGAGCUUCACUGCUGAAUCAUUUCUCCACAACUCUGCUCUCUGUAGCGCAACAAAAUUUCAAAUCUCGCCUUGCCGGAAACCAGCAUCAAGGAGUGCUUGGAGGCUGCUGAAAUACAUUAUUCCCGCCUUCCUUGCAACUAUGAUUAUGGUGGUUGUGGUAAUUUUCCUUAUAAAACGGCGCAGAGGGAGGAAUCCGCGGCCUGAAGCUGAGGUCCAGUCAGUAGGUGUUGGUUGGAAGAUAGUCUCGGAGAGAGAAAUCAAGCAGGGGACGAGCUCUUUUAGUGAGAUGAACCUUCUCGGGAGAGGUGGCAUGGGUUCGGUAUUCAAAGCAACGCUUGCGGAUGGGACACAAGUUGCAGUGAAGGUCUUCAACUUGCAAUUAGAAAGAGCCACCAAGAGCUUUGAGACAGAGAGCCAGAUACUGAGCAGCAUUCGCCAUAGAAACUUGGUGAAGAUACUUGGCUGUUGCAGUAGCCCCGACUUCAAAGCCUUGAUUCUUGCAUACAUGCCUAAUGGAAGCUUGGACAUAUGGCUGCAUUACUCGGACAAGGAUUUUCUGGAUUUGAUGCAGAGGCUGAAGAUAGCGACAGAUGUGGCGUUAGCCUUGGAAUAUCUUCAUCAUCAUCACACGCGCACUGUUGUGCACUGUGAUAUAAAGCCGAACAACGUGUUGCUCGAUGAGGAUAUGACUGCCCAUGUUGGCGAUUUUGGCAUUUCUAAGCUCUUCGACAAUGGUGAGGCAGCAGCUCACACUAUUAACAUGGCAACUGUUGGUUAUGCAGCACCAGAAUUUGGAUCAGAAGGAAAGGUAUCCACGAGUGGGGAUGUAUACAGUUAUGGGAUAUUGUUGUUGGAGAUGUUUACAUGUAAAAGGCCGACAGAUGAUAUGUUCAAUGGUGAAAUGAGCUUAAAGGAGUGGGUGAAAAAUGCAUUACAAGAAAAUGCCAUAAGCGGAAUUGUGGCUGCUGGUUUGCUGUCAAGAGAAGAUCCACAGUUUUCUGCAAAGUUAGAAUGUGUAGAGUCUAUAUUUGAGUUGGCAAUGAAAUGUUUGGCCUUUUCACCCGAGGAAAGAAUCAACAUGAUGCAAGUGGUAGCUGCUCUGCACAAGAUCAAAGACAAAAUUCCAGUACAAAAGGUUAAGAAGAAGAUCCGCAGUUAAUGGAUUAGAUGAUGUUUACUGCAGUCUGGUAAAUAUAUAAUGUUGGAAUGUUUAUAAUAUUUCGUUUGAGUUUUGUGUGUUGUUAGGUUGCCAUUAAAAUUUUCACUCGUGGAAAGUAAACCAACAAAAGAUGCAGUAUAUAUUUAGUAUUGUCAUUGCAUUUUGUGAAA